CUAUGCAAAUGGGAUGAAAUCUUGGUCAAAUGUACAACUCGAUCACUUUAAAAUCUUGACGUUGAGUGAAAUUACAUGACGAUUUGAAGUUCCAUUUUGAAGUAAAUCAUGGACAAGCCUUUGACUGAAGGCUGAGAAAGGAAAAGUUGGUUGCGUCUGUAACGUGCACAUGUUGCUGCUUUGCUUUGCUUUCCUGAGUGAAAUAGUGAGCAGGGCGAGGGGGAAAGAAGAGCCGCUUCAGCUAGCAGAGGGCAUUAAACCGAGUGCCGACGGUCCACCAGAAAAACUCGUGCACAGCCCGCCACCGUGACACACUUCGCUCUCACACUCCCUGCAAACAGCGACGAGUUUGUCACGUGGCUUGAUCAGACGUAUUCUUUGCCACGGGAGGAUUUUUCUUUUUUAAUAGUACAGACCAGGCAGAGGAAUAUCGGAUGUGAUGUCCAGCUCGCCGCUGUCCAAGAAACGUCGCUUGUCAGGAACAGAGACGAAGACGGGAUCCCACUGCUCCUCCUCAAACUCCGUCAGAACUGAUCUGUCCCACACACCUGCCAACGGCAUGGCUAAGAAUGGCAAUGACGCUGACAUUGAUGAAGGCCUGUACUCAAGACAACUGUACGUGUUGGGCCAUGCUGCGAUGAAGCGCAUGCAAAACUCCAAUGUCCUCAUCUCCGGUAUGAGAGGUCUCGGAGUGGAGAUUGCCAAGAACGUUAUUCUGGGUGGAGUUCGAAGUGUCACUGUGCACGACCAAGGUGUCGCAGAAUGGCGAGACCUCUCUUCUCAGUUUUACAUUCGUGAAGAGGAUUUGGGGAAGAACAGAGCAGAAGUUAGUCAGUCCCGUCUGGCUGAACUCAACAAUUACGUCCCAGUGGCAGCAUAUACGGGUGCACUCACAGAAGACUUCCUGACAAAGUUCCAGGUUGUAGUGCUGACGAUCUCUACUCUGGAGGAGCAGCAGAAAGUGGGAGAGUUCUGCCACAGCAAAGGCAUCAAGAUUAUCGUCGCAGAUACUCGGGGGCUGUUUGGCCAACUGUUUUGCGACUUUGGCGAGGAGAUGAUUGUGCACGACACGAAUGGAGAACAGCCACUGAGCGCCAUGAUUUCCAUGAUUACCAAAGACAAUCCAGGUGUUGUGACCUGCCUGGAUGAGGCCCGGCACGGUUUUGAAAGCGGAGACUUUGUAACCUUCUCAGAGGUUCAGGGAAUGACUGAACUAAAUGGUUGUCAGCCAGUUGAAAUCAAAGUGUUGGGGCCCUACACCUUCAGCAUUUGUGAUACAGCAGGAUUUACAGAUUAUGUUAGAGGAGGAAUCGUUUCCCAAGUCAAGAUACCCAAGAAAUUCACGUUUAAAUCCAUUACCCCCUCCAUGGCUGAACCAGAGUUCAUCAUGACGGACUUCGGCAAGUUUGAGCGUCCAGCACAGUUACAUGUGGGGUUUCAGGCCAUCCACGCCUUUCAGAAAAAACACAACCGCCUUCCUGCGCCAUGGAACCAGGGUGAUGGUGAAGAAAUGUUGACUUUGGUCAAGGAGCUGAACUCUGCACAGUCUGGAUCAGCUAAAGUCGAGCAACUUGAUGAAGCGCUCAUCAAAAAGAUGUGUUAUGUUGCUGCUGGUGACCUGGCGCCUGUCAAUGCUUUCAUUGGCGGUUUAGCUGCACAGGAAGUUAUGAAGGCAUGCACAGGAAAAUUCAUGCCCAUUAUGCAGUGGUUGUACUUUGAUGCAUUGGAGUGUCUGGCAGAAGAGGAGGGAGUUAUACUCACAGAGGAAGAGUGCGCCCCUAGGAACAGUCGCUACGAUGGACAGAUUGCAGUUUUUGGGAACAAGCUGCAGGAUUUGCUUGCCAAGCAACGCUACUUCCUGGUCGGCGCUGGUGCCAUUGGUUGUGAGCUCUUGAAAAACUUUGCCAUGAUUGGACUGGCUGGUGGCGAGGGUGAGGUCAUUGUGACAGAUAUGGACACCAUAGAGAAGUCUAACCUCAAUAGACAGUUUCUCUUCAGACAAUCAGAUGUUACGAAAAUGAAAAGUGACACAGCUGCAGCAGCGGUUAAACAGAUGAACCCCUCCAUCAAGAUCACUGGACACCAGAACAGGGUGGGCCCUGACACAGAGAGAAUCUAUGACGACGACUUCUUUGAAAGUCUCGAUGGAGUAGCCAAUGCACUGGACAAUGUUGAUGCACGUUUAUACAUGGAUCGGCGAUGUGUGUACUACCGUAAACCCUUGCUAGAGUCUGGUACUCUAGGUACCAAAGGCAAUGUCCAGGUCGUGAUCCCCUUCCUUACAGAGUCGUACAGCUCGAGCCAGGAUCCACCUGAGAAGUCCAUCCCUAUCUGUACCCUCAAGAAUUUCCCAAAUGCCAUUGAGCACACACUGCAAUGGGCCCGCGAUGAGUUUGAGGGCCUUUUCAAGCAGCCACCCGAGAAUGCCAUGCAGUAUCUCUCAGACCCCAAAUUUAUGGAGCGCACCCUCAAACUUCCCGGAGGUCAGUCUGCUGAGUUGCUGGAGGCUGUUUACAAGAGUCUAGUCACAGACUGCCCCCACAGCUUUGCUGACUGUGUAGCCUGGGCACGCAACCAUUGGCAGUGCCAAUACAGCAACAACAUCCGCCAGCUAUUGCACAACUUCCCCCCAGAUCAGCUAACCAGCUCUGGCGCCCCCUUCUGGUCCGGUCCAAAGAGGUGUCCUCACCCCUUAGAAUUCAGCACUAGCAAUGACCUGCACAUAGACUACGUAAUGGCUGCAGCCAACUUGUUUGCCCAGACGUAUGGUAUAGAAAGCUGCACCGAUCGUGCAGCCGUAGUCAAGCUCUCAGAAGAGGUCAAGGUGCCUAAUUUUACGCCACGUUCUGGAGUGAAAAUUCACGUCUCUGAUCAGGAGCUACAGAAUAGCAAUUCAUCUGUUGAUGACUCUAGACUAGAGGAGCUGAAAGUCCUGCUGCCUCCCCCAGAGUCUUCUCAGUUCAAGCUUUGUGCUAUUGACUUUGAAAAGGAUGAUGAUACCAACUUCCACAUGGACUUCAUAGUAGCAGCAUCCAACCUGAGGGCAGAGAAUUAUGACAUCCCCCCUACUGACAGACAUAAUAGCAAACUGAUAGCUGGCAAGAUCAUUCCCGCCAUCGCCACCACCACAGCUGCUGUUGUGGGUCUGGUGUGCCUUGAACUUAUCAAGAUCGUCCAAGGGCAUAAAAAGCUGGAGUCAUUUAAGAAUGGGUUCAUGAAUCUGUCCCUGCCGUUCUUUGCCUUCUCCGAGCCCAUCGCUGCUCCCAGGCAUAAGUACUACGAAAUCGAAUGGACGUUAUGGGAUCGUUUCGAGGUCAGUGGCUUGCAGCCCAGUGGAGAGGAGAUGACACUGCGGCAGUUUCUGGACUUCUUUAAAAAUGAGCAUAAGUUGGAGAUCACCAUGCUUUCUCAGGGAGUGUCCAUGCUCUACUCAUUCUUCAUGCCUGCUGCCAAACUCAGAGAGAGGCUUGAUCUGCCGAUGACUGAGAUUGUGACCAAAGUGUCUAAAAAGAAGUUGGGCAAGCAUGUCAAAGCUCUGGUGUUCGAGUUGUGCUGCAACGACUUGUCAGACGAAGACGUUGAAGUGCCGUACGUCAGAUACACUAUUCGCUGAGCUCCACAUUGGACCCAUCUGAGGGAGGAUGGAGGUCACUAGAGGACGAUGGUGUUUGUUGUGUGGGGUUGAGCCUAAGGUAAUUUUUGGGGGUGGGUAAGUAGGGCGUUUCAGGCCUUCUGUUUUUUUUUUUUUUUUUUUUUUAAAGGCCUGUGGUUUGUGUGAACUUUUGCCUCGGUGUACAUAGCCCCGUUGAGGUGACUCACUGAUAGCUGUGUGUGAGGGAUCCACUUGUGCUUAGUACUUAGAGACGCGGCUGUUGCAGGAGGCAGGAAACCUGUAUAUACUGGACGUCCUGAUAUUUCCAGGAGCCUCAAGGCUCAGUCGAAGCCUGGGUAAUGUUGCUACCCAGCUGUUCCAUUAUGUCACAUGACUUUUGAUUUUUGUCUCAUAGAAAUACACCCACCCAAAAAUAAACAGCGAUAUAUGUAUUUUAUCCCUUUGACUGUACCACACCUUAAUUCUCCAGGUUUUUUUUUUCUUUUCCUGUUUUUAUUGUGGGACCGCAGCUCAUCCGAUUGUACCUCAAUUUCCUCCCCAGCACAAAAGUUACCAGUGGAAUUGAUAGCGGGGGGGGGGGGAUUUCAGGCACCUCACCUCAAUUAGCACUCGUUGCAGUGUUGUGGUGUGCUCUUUGCACAUGAAAUCAGAUUUCUUAUCUCGUGUCCUGUUUUUUGUAUUUUAUUUUUCAGGGGUACAUAGGGCUCACACAACAUAGAUAAUAAAACUCUUCCCUCUACCAUGUAAACUCUUAAUGACAUUACAGUGUAAAAGCAAGGUAAUGUAUCUUGAUAUGGGAGCACUUAGCUUGAUAGUAAAUAAAUGUCAAAUCAUCAAUCAA